GCUCACUGUUACCGCGGCUCAAGCGAUGUUUUUACCAUGCGGGUGACUGAAUGGCAUAAAUUGCCUGUUAGUUUGACAGAACUUUGCAUCAAUACCAGUCUUCGUUGUGGCCAAUCUUUCAGAUGGAGAAAAUCAACGGAAGACGAGUGGUCUUGCGGGCUACAUGGUCGCAUAUUGUCGUUACGACAAGACUCUGAAUAUCUCCACUAUCGUGCGAUAUUUCCCUCGACUAAACCCCCAACUCCUCCAUCGUCCACCGCGACGUCUGCCGCGCAAUCAGUAGAAGCCGACGAGGAUGAUACUCUUGCUUUCGUGAAGCACUACCUAAAUCUUGGGCCAAAUCUUGGACAACUCUAUGAACAAUGGGCAUCUACAGAUCCUAAUUUUAGGAAACGCGCACCUAAGUUCACCGGCGUUCGGAUGUUGCGACAAGACCCAUGGGAGGCGCUCAUUGGGUUUAUCUGCAGCAGCAACAAUAACAUAUCGAGGAUAUCAAGCAUGGUCUCAAAUCUCUGCCUUCAUUACGGACCGCUUAUUGGACAUAUUGAUAAUGUACCAUACCAUGACUUUCCUACACCUGAAGCACUUGCGGAUCCCAAGGUCGAAGCGCAUCUUAUGAAGCUGGGCUUUGGGUAUCGCGCGAAAUACAUAUACAAGACUGCAGUGAUGGUAGCCAGUAAAGGUGAUGGAAUUGCUUGGCUCAAUGGUCUCUGCAAUCCUGAACUACCUGCUUUCGGGGAAAGGAUUGGGGAGGCGGGUGAACUCGUGGAAGGGGGAAGAGAUGGCUACCGAAAAGCCCACGAAGAACUGCUAGCGCUUCACGGCGUCGGACCCAAAGUGGCUGACUGCGUCUGCCUCAUGGGACUAGGCUGGUCUGAAUCAGUGCCUGUCGAUACCCAUGUUUGGCAAAUCGCCCAACGAGACUACCGAUUUGGGAAGGGGAGGAAUAGCAGUCUCACGGCAGCUACCUACACGGCCGUCGCAAAUCAUUUUCGCAAGCUGUGGGGCAAAGAAGCGGGCUGGGCACACUCCGUUCUAUUCACCGCAGACUUGAAGGCCUUUUCCGAGCGCCUUGUAGAAAAGAAGGUGAAGGAAGAAGAAAACGUCAUAAAGGAAGAGGCGGACGAGCCAACUGUUCACAAUGUGCAUAUAAAAACGUCGACAUCUCGGAAGCGAAUCCAGCCAGCGUCAGGAGACAAAGAACAUGAUGUCAUAAAGGUCGAAGAAAAGGUGGUGAGAAGAAGUAAGAGAAUGAGAAACUAGAGAGCACUCGUUAGCUCUUAUCUCACUUAUUCCCAUGCACUCAUUUUCGCUUUUGGUGUAUAUGAGCACCUUAUCUCUUCAUGGUGCGUGUCUUCCGGAAACUUGGUGUACGAAAGGAGCGCAAAAUUCGUUCUAUCUAGAUACCUGAAAUGUUGUUUGAUAGAGGCUGCAAUUAGGCGGCUUGAAAAUGUUUACCGCUCGUUCCAAGUAUUCUCAGAUUGAAGACCUUGCUUCAAUGUGAGACUAAAGAGCCCAAUAACCAAAUGUUUAGGCUGCAAUGCUUGUUGCAAGCAUCGUGCUGUCUGCAAGACGUGCUCAAUGUGCGGCAACAAUCGCUCUUUGUUCCUUCUAUAUAACGCUCGUUCGCAAGCCAGUUGUUGUUUAGUACUUGAAUUUUUAUACAAU